UAAAUUAGUACAAGUUAUAAGAAAUUUGAAGAAUAUCAGCAGAGCACCACAAGUAAGAGAUCAAUCAAUUAGAUCUAAAAGUGAAGCCAACUUGCAAGUACAAAGAUAGGGAGAAUAUGAGUAGUGGGGUAUUAUUCACAUCUUCCUCAUCACUGUAUAAUUCUCCUCGUACUACUCAAUCCAAACCUCGGAUUCAACGUUGUUGCAUCAUUCCCACAUCGAGUAGAAGUGUUCUACACCCACUUACUAUCACUUGUAAUUUCAGCUCUGGUCCAGGUGGCCCUCCUCCUGGUGAAAAUGAGAGUAAGAAUAUCCUUGAUGCAUUCUUCUUGGGGAAAGCUCUGGCGGAAGCAGUUACUGAGCGCAUAGAAUCUACAGUGGGGGAGGUCCUAAGUACAGUUGGCAGAUUGCAAGCGGAGCAACAAAAGCAAGUUCAGGACUUUCAGGAGGAGGUUCUUGAAAGAGCCAAACAAGCCAAAGAGAAAGCAGCACGUGAAACGAAGGAAACACAGGGACUUAUUCGCAGCUCGUAUGCAGCAGAUACAUCGGCAGCUGGUGCUCGUAGUACUUCAGAAAAUGUAGCCUCAGCUUCUGGUGGUGUAGCUAGUCCUCGAACAAACAUAAAUUCCCAGCCUUCUAACACUGAUUCAGAAGAUGGAAGCAAGGACUCUGAGCUAGGUGUAUCAAAUGGAGACUGAUAUUCCUGUAGGCUGUAAUUGUACGUAUAUUCAUCCUUGUGAUGAAAUCUUGUUAUACCUAGUUUAGAUCUGGUCAAUGGAACAGUAUGAUACUUGUAGAAGAGGAAAGAAAAUAUUCUUGAGCGCGAAUAUCUUUUCGCCAUUGAUAUUGUAUCAUUUCUCUUUGGAUUGUUGAUAAAGUACGAAGUUGUCAGCUGUGUAAUGAUUUACUACUGCAAAAAAUUGUAUUAGAGAUAAUAAAGCUAUCACCAUAUCAACAAA